AUGCUAGAAGGAAAUCAGAGCUUUGUGACUGAAUUUGGCCUUUCUGGAUUCUCUGGACUUCACCCAGAGUACCAAGGCCUCGCCUCUGCUGUACUAUUCUUGGUCUAUCUCUUUACAAUGAUAGGGAAUGCUCUGAUAUUUAUUAUUCAAAUGUACUUUGUGCACUAUCUUGGCACAGUGAACUCAUUUGUUCUGUUCUUAAUGGCUUUGGAUAGGUUUUUGGCUAUCUGCUAUCCACUCAAAUCCAGUUUAAUGAGAAACUCCACAAUCUCCACUCUCAGUAUUACUGCCUGGAUCGCUGCAAACGGAGGUCCUGUGAUGAUAGUUAGUAGAGCUUACCCACUUCCUUACUGUGGCUCAAACAUUAUCACUCACAGCUACUGUGAUCAUAUUAGUAUAACAAGGCUUGCAUGCACUGACAGGGCCCGUUAUGGUUUUCCUGCAUUUAUCUAUGCAAUGAUUGUACUUCUUGUACAUCUGGCUUUUAUCAUUUUCUUCUAUACCUCAAUAGUCAUCACUGUGGUGAGGAUAGCAAAUUCACAAAACCGCCUCAAAACCAUGUCUACCUGCUGCACUCAGCUGAUUAUAAUCACGCUCUAUUAUCUACCCAGGUGUUUUGUGUAUAUGGCCAGCAAUGUUGGAAUCAAAUUCAGCAGUGAUAUGCGUAUAGUAAUUAUCAUGAUGUACAGCCUUCCCCCCAUGGUUAAUCCACUUAUAUAA